AUGACUGCUACAUCCAGCCUUUCCAUCACUCUUACUCAGGCUAUCGCUUAUCUCACUCGACCUCUUACCGUUACGCACCCUGUUGCGACCAUCAACAAGCUUCAGUCUGUGCUUGAGGCGAACUUAAUUGCACUGUUUGCCCCGACAUGGACCCCCAAAGAACCACUUCGUGGUUCCGGCCAGCGUUGCCUCACUCUCUCCCCCAAUCGCCUUCCUCCACGUGCCAUAUAUACCGCGUGCCUUGCAUCCAGUGUCCAUUGGUUCGACUGGAUUGCAGCCUUAGGUGGACGCGAGUUCGACUUCUAUGUCGAUCCAGGAUGCAUCUCUGUGCAGUUCGGGAGGGGUACCAAGCUCAUUACGAUCUGGGCGGAGGAGCCGAUAGCUAAGGCUGUCUAUUGCUCGUCUGACUUAUGCUCCUGCUUCUCUGCCACGACUGCCUCUACCUUGUCGUCUAAGAAGAGCAACAAGCAGUCGUCCCAACUUACCCGCCGCGAGAAGGCAAAGCAGGCUCGUGUCUUUGUAGACACCUCCAAGACUGAAGUUACCCCCUACGACGGUGGCAAGACCACUGUCCUGACAGGCGGUGUGAUGCUGGGAGCUGCACCUCCCAAGGGCAAGAGUGGUCCAUCUACUUGGCGCCGCACAUAA